CGCGGUGCGGCGGCGAUGCAGAAAGGCAUGCGGCUGAACGACGGCCAUGCCACCUACCUGGGGCUGCUGGCCAAGAAGGACGGGGCGCGGCGCGGCUACCUGAGCAAGCGGAGCGCCGACAACACGCGAUGGCACAGCCGCUGGUUCGCGCUGCUGCACAACAUGCUCUUCUACUUCGACAGCGACGCCAGCUCGCGGCCCUCCGGCCUCUACCUGCUGGAGGGCUGCGUCUGCGACCGCGCGCCCUCGCCCAAGCCCUCGCUCUCCGCCAAGGACUCCCUGGAGAAGCAGCAUUAUUUCACCGUGAACUUCAACCAUGAGAAUCAGAAAACCCUGGAGCUGCGGACGGAGGAUGCCAAGGACUGCGACGAAUGGGUGGCAGCAAUAACUCAUGCCAGUUAUAGGAAUCUUGCUACAGAGCAUGAAGCUUUAAUGCAGAAGUACCUCCAUUUGCUUCAGAUUGUGGAAACGGAGAAAACUGUUGCCAAGCAACUUAGACAACAGAUUGAAGACGGGGAAAUCGAAAUCGAGCGCCUGAAAUCCGAGAUCGCCUCCUUGCUCAAAGACAACGAGCGCAUCCAGUCCAUUCAGACCAGCGCGCCCAACGACGACGACAGCGAUAUCAAGAAAAUUAAAAAGGUCCAGAGCUUCCUGCGCGGCUGGUUGUGCAGGAGGAAGUGGAAGACGAUCAUCCAGGACUACAUCCGCUCGCCGCACGCCGACAGCAUGAGGAAGAGGAACCAGGUGGUGUUCAGCAUGCUGGAGGCCGAGGCCGAGUACGUCCAGCAGCUGCACAUCCUCGUCAACAACUUCCUGCGCCCGCUCCGCAUGGCGGCCAGCUCCAAGAAGCCGCCCAUCACGCACGACGACGUCAGCAGCAUCUUCCUGAACAGUGAAACCAUCAUGUUCCUGCACCAGAUCUUCUACCAAGGCCUGAAAGCGAGGAUCUCCAGCUGGCCGACGCUCGUGCUGGCCGACCUGUUCGACAUCCUGCUGCCCAUGCUGAACAUCUACCAGGAGUUUGUGCGCAACCACCAGUACAGCCUGCAGAUCCUGGCGCACUGCAAGCAGAACCGCGACUUCGACAAGCUGCUCAAGCACUACGAGGCCAAGCCCGACUGCGAGGAGCGCACGCUCGAGACCUUCCUCACCUACCCCAUGUUCCAGAUCCCCAGAUACAUCCUGACGCUGCACGAGCUGCUGGCGCACACGCCUCACGAGCACGUGGAGAGGAACAGCCUGGACUACGCCAAGUCCAAGCUGGAGGAGCUUUCCAGGAUCAUGCACGACGAGGUGAGCGAGACGGAAAACAUCCGGAAGAACCUGGCGAUCGAGAGGAUGAUUAUCGAAGGGUGCGAGAUUCUCCUGGACACCAGCCAGACCUUUGUCAGACAAGGCUCCCUCAUCCAAGUGCCGAUGUCGGAGAAGGGCAAGAUCACGCGGGGGCGGCUGGGCUCCCUGUCCCUAAGGAAGGAGGGCGAGAGGCAGUGCUUCCUCUUCUCCAAGCACCUGAUCAUCUGCACCAGGGGCUCGGGCGGAAAACUGCAUCUGACCAAGAACGGCGUGAUCUCGCUCAUCGACUGCACCUUGGUCGAGGAGCAAGAGAGCACAGAUGAGGAAACGAAAGCAUCGGGGCAAGACGUCGACCACCUGGACUUCAAAAUCGUGGUGGAGCCCAAGGACUCGCCGUCUUUCACCGUCAUCCUCGUGGCCUCCUCCAGGCAGGAGAAGGCUGCCUGGACCAGCGACAUCAGCCAGUGCGUGGAUAACAUCCGGUGCAACGGCCUCAUGAUGAACGCCUUCGAGGAGAACUCCAAGGUCACCGUCCCCCAGAUGAUCAAGUCCGACACCAGCUUGUACUGCGACGACGUGGACAUCCGCUUCAGCAAAACGAUGAACUCUUGCAAGGUCCUGCAGAUCCGCUACGCCAGCGUGGAGCGGCUCCUGGAGCGGCUCACGGACCUGCGGUUCCUGAGCAUCGACUUCCUCAACACCUUCCUGCACUCCUACCGCGUCUUCACCACCGCCCUGGUCGUCCUGGACAAGCUCAUCACGAUCUACAAGAAGCCCAUCAGCGCCAUCCCCGCCAGGUCCCUGGAGCUGCUGUUUGCCAGCAGCCAGAACAACAAGCUCCUCUACGGCGAGCCCCCGAAAUCGCCCCGGGCCAACCGGAAGUUCUCCUCGCCACCGCCCCUGUCCAUCACCAAGUCCUCAUCACCCAGCCGGAGGAGGAAGCUGUCCCUCAACAUCCCCAUCAUCACCGGGGGCAAGGCGCUGGACCUGGCGGCGCUGAGCUGCUCCUCCAACGGCUACGCCAGCAUGUACUCCUCCAUGUCCACCUUCAGCAAGACCACCCUGGACAUCAACAAGCUCUACGUGUCCAGCAACUACCCCAACAAGAUCCCCGACGAAGGGGAGGCGGCCGCGGAGAAGCAGGAGGACUCGCCGCUGAACAAGCAAAGCUCCGAGGUGUCGGUGAGGGAAGAGUCGGACACGGACCAGAACCACAGCGACGAGGCCGAGGCCGAGACCUCGCCGACCAAGUCUCCCACGACUCCCAAAUCUGUCAAGUGCAAAAACUCGUCAGAUUUCUCCUUGUUUUCCUAUAACAACGGAGUCGUCAUGACGUCCUGCCGCGAGCUGGACAACAAUCGCAGCGCCCUGUCAGCCGCCUCCGCCUUCGCCAUCGCCACGGCGGGGGCCAAUGAAGGCACCCCCACCAAGGAGAAGUACCGGAGGAUGUCGUUAGCCACUGCAGGCUUCCCCCCCGACCAGAGGAACGGCGACAAGGAGUUUGUCAUCAGGAGGGCAGCAACCAACAGGGUCCUCAACGUGCUGCGUCACUGGGUCUCCAAGCACUCGCAGGACUUUGAAACCAAUGAGGAACUCAAGUUUAAAGUGAUAAGCUUCCUGGAAGAAGUUAUUCAUGAUCCAGAGCUGUUGACACAGGAGAGAAAAGCGGCAGCCAAUAUCAUAAGGACUUUGACACAGGAAGACCCAGGAGACAAUCAGAUAACGCUGGAGGAGAUCAUACAGAUGGCGGAGGGAGUGAAAGCAGAGCCCUUUGAAAACCACUCUGCUCUGGAGAUAGCAGAGCAGCUGACACUGCUGGAUCACUUGGUCUUCAAGAAGAUCCCGUACGAAGAGUUCUUUGGACAAGGCUGGAUGAAGCUGGAGAAGAACGAAAGGACGCCGUACAUAAUGAAGAACACGAAGCACUUCAAUGACGUCAGUAACUUGAUCGCCUCCGAGAUUGUCCGGAACGAGGACGUCAACGUGAGGGUGAGCGCCAUCGAGAAGUGGGUGGCGGUGGCCGACAUCUGCCGGUGCCUGCACAACUACAACGCCGUCCUCGAGAUCACCUCUUCCCUCAACCGCAGUGCCAUCUUCCGGCUCAAGAAGACGUGGCUCAAAGUGUCCAAGCAGACGAAGGCGCUCAUCGACAAGCUGCAGAAGCUGGUGUCGUCGGAGGGCAGAUUCAAGAACCUGAGGGAAGCUCUGAAGAACUGCGACCCGCCCUGCGUCCCCUACCUGGGCAUGUACCUGACGGACCUGGCCUUCAUAGAGGAGGGGACCCCCAACUACACGGAGGACGGCUUGGUGAACUUCUCCAAGAUGCGGAUGAUCUCCCACAUCAUCCGAGAGAUCCGCCAGUUCCAGCAGACCUCCUACAAGAUCGAGCAUCAGCCCAAGGUGACGCAGUACUUGCUGGACCAGUCGUUCGUGAUGGACGAGGAGAGCCUCUACGAAGCCUCCCUACGGAUAGAGCCCAAGCUGCCGACCUGAAGGCGAGGGGCGGGCGGCAGCCCCGUGUACACACGCUAUAUCAUAUGUAUAUACCUACUCGUUUCUGUUGGACGCCCUAGAUUGACUUCGUAGUAUGUGCUUCUCGGAGGAAACCUCUCCGCCUUGUUAUUAGACCCCCGUAGACCCUGGCGUAGGCCUCCCUGCAUUGUUUUAAGGAUUCACGCAUAAACAUUGUUGGAUACAGUCCCGGUUUAUUUUAA